GCCCAAGAAAGGGUCCAGCAAACCCCACACCCCCAAGUCCCCGCAAGAAGACAAGACGCCUAAUCCCUUGGAAACUGCCGUUAUCACUGACGAAGCUCGUAUUGCUGCAAUGAUCAAACUCAAAACAAACUUUGAGCAGCGCUUCGAGAAAAUUCUGAUCCCAUGUUUCACGGGUAUAGGAGAUUGUUCCCACGAUAAAACACUAGACUACCGGCUCUAUGAUACAGUCUACUUACAAGUCCAUCUCCCUGCAGUUAAACCAGAGCUAGUCCUUCUUUCCCAAAAUGGCAGCUCCAUAGUAGACUUCAGCAACGUGUGUAUCGGCCAAACAAAGAAACUGGAGCUCACUCUAAAGAGUAUCAGUGAGGACGAGGUCAGCUUAUCAACCAGCGCAUUCCCUCACGACGGAACAUUCCAGAAAGUUAACGCUACAAGAGAUCUGGCCCCACUGGGAUUACACCAGAUGAUAUUAGAGUUUACCCCGCGGGCCAAGGCUAAGUACUACGAGGUGGUGGAGGUCAGAACGCAGAAGUCUACCUUGCACUUACAUUUACACGGGUGUGGGGUGGAACCUAACCUGGUGGUGUCCCCGGAUUCAGGCACGCUGGACCUGGGUCACGUGAUGGUGGGCGAGAUACUGCACGGAACAUUUACUCUCAAGAACAACUCCGAAAUAGAUCUGCAGUACGGUAUCUCCAUGCUCAGCGAGAAGUCGGAAGUGGUCCAAGCUUUUAGUGGCCCCAGCCAAAUUGGGAACAGUAACAAGUCGGGUAUAUUACCGUUCCAGUGCACCCCACACAGCGGUAAUAUACCACGCGGUGAGACGCAGGAGGUCACUGUAAAGUUUAAUCCUGAUCACAAGGACUCCUACAGGGACGUUGUUAUUGUUAACCUCCUUAAUCAGCCCCAAGAGACGAGAAUAGAAGUAAAGGGACAGUCCUGGACCGGGUCAAUGUUCGUGUUGGGAGCACGUGAUCCAGAACCAUCUGUCACAUUACACACACUGGUACCACAUAUAGAAGAUCUGGCAGCCGAACCUGAACCAGAAGAGUUUAGAGGGGAGUUGUGGGUAGUCUUUAUCUGCUCUCUGAGUGCUCCUAAACAGACGUUUAGUGAAACCGUCAGUAUUGGAAACUGUCGUGGGGCUGGUGUGAAGGCUGACGCUAUCAACUCUAAGGACAAGGCCCCCAAGCCGAGUGGAGACUUCGCGUUUGAUCCUCUGAAGGCAGAUUAUGGGCCACUGGUUAAGGCUUUGGUUAUCAACCCUCCAAAGGGCUCCGUAGAAUCGUGCACAAAUGUUCCGGUGACGUUUCAAUUCAGUCCUCCUAAGGAGUUGGCUGAAGUUGGUUCAAGACUUCAGUUCAAUACCAUGUUAACACUCAAAGGAGAGACAAUCGAGCAGUUUAGGGUUAACUUUGUGGCAGAAAUUGUCAAAUGAUAGUCCUUGAUUUGGUUUAAGAAUAUAAUGCUUUGGACCAUGAUAAAAUUUUGAUUGUAAAUACAAUGUUUAACUGUAAAUAAUUUUAGAUUUCCGAGACAGAUCAAAUGAUUUUCUU